CCGCUGUUGUGCUCACGUGAUCCAGAGUCGAUCACAACACGCGACGAUCUGCUGUUGUGGGUCAUUUGUGUUUAGUGCGUUUAUGCGUGAUCAUAUUCCGUCAUGACUCUGGUGUUGGUCGCGUUGAGUUUAGCGUUGACGCGCGUCGCGUCGUCGGUGCCGCCUCAUGAGGAAGUGGCUCGGAUGGCUCGGUUCGUGGUCAAUAAGUGUGACUGGGCUUCGAUGGCGACCAUCUCGACUCAUGAGCCGGUGAAAGGACAGCCGUUCUCCAACGUCUUCUCCAUCAGCGACGGGCCUGUGGGCAACGGAACCGGAACCCCGUACAUGUACCUCACACACAUGGAGAUCUCCGUGCAGGACCUGCAGGUGAAUCCACAAGCGUCUCUGGCUGUGUCUUUAGCUCAGAGCAGUUACUGUAAGAAACACGGCUUUGAUCCACAGAGUCCACUGUGUGCUCACAUCAUUCUGUCUGGAUCUGUCAUUCAGGUGAACGGAUCGGAGGCGUCUGCGGCCAAAGAAUCUCUCUUCAGCAGACAUCCAGAGAUGGCCGACUGGCCCACGGAUCAUAACUGGUUCUUUGCUAAAAUGAACAUCAGUCAGGUGUGGGUACUGGAUUAUUUCGGUGGAGUGAAAACAGUGACGGAGGAGGAAUACUACAAGGCCUCACAACGCUGAAAUGACACGCAGAAUCUUGGUGAACGAGAGGAAGCUCUGGCCAGAAUCACUGAUGUCCUGAAAAAUCCAUACUUUAAAUUAAAAAUGUAUCAGAGAUUGUGUUGCUGUGUUUUGCUUUUGAAAUCUUUCUUUAAUCUCCAGUCUUAUAGACAACAAAGUAUUUUUCUUUUAUUUAAUAGACUUUUAGAUGUGUUUACUACCCAUGUUCAGUAUGCUCAGUUCACAGCGCUGAGGUGAAGUUUCUUCAGUACGUUGUUAAACACCGUGUCUACACCGGACGCGACACGCGGCUUGUUCUAACGGGAUUUUCGCGUCGCUCCGCAUCCAGUGUGGACAAAAUGUGAAAUUAUAAUGGGUUCUUAAGCGUUUCGUUGUCUUUUGUCGCGUCGCGCCGCGUCCGGUGUAGACACGGUGUCAUGCUGGGUUCACACCAAACACGAACAAUCGCGUUCCUCGCUCUUUAUUACUCGAGGGAAAAGUUCGUUAUUUUCGCGUGAGUAACGCUAUCUGACAAAUUUUUUCAACCUUCACGGAAGACGAGAUUGACGCGCGUUCGCGGCAAUCGCCCGAUUCGCGUCAUUCGCAUCGCCGUCUUUGAAUUGACUUUACCCGCAAAUCGCUUAAUUCGCCUUUGGGGUGAACCCGUUUUAACAUGUGGUUAGGUGAAAUAUGGACAAACCCAACCAUUGGGUUAAUUCAUAUAAAAAUGUUCAUAUUCAAACCAAUCAUAUAUUAAAACAAACAAACAUGUGUUUAUAAUGUUGAAUAAAUGUGUAAUGAAUUAUAGAAAAGUUACCUUUCUUAAGACCUAUAUAUUUUUGUAAAAAAAAAUGUUGAUGCAGUGUGGAUGUGAAAUAAAUAAUUGAUCUGA